ACUUUGUGUAACUCCAGAUAUAGCUUUUUAAAUAUUUAUUUUUCUUCUUGAUCAACUACCAUCUUGGCUAUCUUCGACCUUCUUCUUCGUUAAAAUUUUUUAUUCUAGCUCCAGUCUUUUGAAGUUACUGAACAUUUCAAUUUUUUUAGAUAUUUUUUGAUUAUUUGAUAUUUUUAGAAAACCAAGGUAUAACUUUAAUUUCUUUCAGCAAACUUCAAAUCUCUGAUGCCAUACUGCCCAAAUUCAAAAUUUGUUAAACCCCCUGAUUCUUAAAUUUAUCCUAAAGCAAGAAUUAAAUGAAAACUAUACUUUGCUACUGCACAACUUCCCAUGUAUGUUAUGUUUUAAAUGUCUUCACAGGGCUUAACACUGAAAAUCUGUAUAAUUUUUUCUUGUAUGUAGUUUUAUUAUUGUAAUAAGGUGGGAAAAACAUUAUUCAUUUUACGUUUAGCAAACACCGCAUGGAUGAAACAAAAACAUGAAUUCUUAUAAAUCAAAUUAUUUACAAGCUUGCAAAGAUCGAAAUGUUGUGCCAAACGAUGGUGUAAUACGCAUCAUCAAAGAAAGCAAUAAACUGAACUAUUUAGAAAAUGGUGAACCCUUUUUAAAUUUUUCUGGUUGUAAUUUAUCAGUUUCAGACUGUCAAUUGUUGUCAAAAUGUUUUGCCACAGAUGAUCUUGUUCAAAGAUAUCUUUUCACAGACUGUCUGCUAAGUGAAGAUGCUUGCAAAGUGACUUUAAAUGCCUUUAUGUUUAACAAAUCGCUUACAGUAUUGGACUUGAAAGGAAACAAUUUAAGAAAUAGUGGAGCACACCUUGUUGGUAAACUGUUAAAACGUACCAUGUCUUUAACAGAGUUAUAUCUGGAAUGGAAUACUUUGGGCAUGUGGGAUGAUGGGAUUACAGCUAUCGCAGAAGGAUUAGCAUUGAAUCAAUCUCUUCAGGUUUUAGAUCUAAGUAAUAACCAAAUUUCCCAUGAAGGAGGGCAAGAGAUUGCAUCAUCUUUGAAACAGAACAGAGUUCUACGUACACUGGAUAUGCGAUGGAAUAAUAUUGGUGUAAUUGGUGGUAGAGCAUUCUUAUCAUCACUCAAUCAUAAUAAAUAUUUGGUGAAUCUUGCAUUGGCUGGGAACAAUAUACCAAGUGACACACUAAAAGCGAUUGCCACUGCGAUGCAAAGAAAUGUCGAUUACCAUUCAAUUUACGAGGAGCAUCAGUCAAUGACACGGUCUUUAAAACAAGAAAUUGAUCAUCUUCAACAUGAAAAGUCUUUGCAGAAAAAAAAGACAAUGCCGAAUAAUAACAUUAACGAGCAAGCUGUGCAGGAGACAAAUGAUAUGAGUAUAUUGAGUAAAGCAUCAAUGUCAAAUAGUGGAUAUUUUUAUGAUCCUUAUUUAAAACUGUUUGCUUCCAAAGUUGUACAGAGAGCACCAUUAAUACAUAGAGGAUAUUUUAUCAGGGCCAAAGCGAUUGACUACACCUUGAAAAGUUUUUUAGAAAAUCACGAGAAUUAUGAGAAAGUUCAAAUAGUAUCGCUAGGGGCAGGGUUUGAUAGCUCUUAUUUUCGAUUGAAAGACCAAGGUCUUUUAGAUAAAUGUGAUUUCAUUGAAGUAGAUUUUCCAGAUGUGGUGAAGCGUAAGCAAAAUAUUAUAAAAAAGCAAAGUUCUUUACUUAAUCUUAUCGGAGAUUACAAAAUCAUCAAUGGUUGUUUGACCUCUUUAAAUUACAAAAUCAUACCAUGUGAUUUGACAAAAUUUCAAGACUUGGAGGCUUUUUUCAUAGAACUAAAUAUUGAUACAAGUGCUCCUACGCUGUUUUUCUCAGAAGUUGUUUUAGCGUACAUUGACUAUGACAAGGCAGUUGAAUUGCUACUCUGGAUGAAACGGAAGUUCGAAAACUGCAUUACUGCUGUUUUUGAACAAAUUCAACCUUACGAUGCAUUUGGGCAAGUGAUGGUAAAGCAUUUUAAAAAACUCAACUCACCCCUUCAACGAGUUCAUAAACUUCUUACAGUGCAGGAUCACAUAGAGCUGCUCCAAUCCCUUAACUAUGAUGUUGUUGUUGGUUUUGACAUGAACUUUUUUUUCGAUCAGUAUCUAAAUAUUGGCGAUAAGGUUGAUAUGUUUGUUCUAGAAGCUUUUGACGAAUUUGAAGAAUGGAGUUUGAUGUGUUCGCACUAUUGUCUUACCGUUGCCUUUCAAGGAGUAUGUGGUGAUGUAGUCAGUGCCAUGUUUCCAUACAAAGUCAGAUUGAGAGUUAACAUAACUGAGGUCAACAACUUUGAAGUCUUCACAAAGAACUUGGAUCAGAUUCCAUUGAUGCGUUAUGGGCAUGCUUGCUCAAAAAUCGCGCCUAACCAAUACUUAGCAUCAGGUGGUUUUGGUGUAACUCAAGAUUUUUCUCAUGAUAAAUUAAGCUCUGGUUUUAUUCUUACCUUUCCUGAUAACACAUCAAAGAUUACGAGCGACUCUCAUGUAACAGUGGACACCAUAGACAUUGGAUUCAAACACAUGUAUCACACAUUAACGUAUGUCUCAGAUGGCUUGUUGUUCAUAUUUGGUGGAAGAGCUUCACCAAGUCGUCCUUGUAAUACUUAUGGUUUUUAUAAACUUAAGGAUUCUGUUAUGACACCUGAAAAUGUAUACACCAAUGAUGGUGGAGAUGAACAACCUUGUAAUAGGUGGAGGCAUGCUGCUGCAAAGUUUCAGAAUAAGAUCUAUAUAUUCGGUGGUCGAUCCAACACAGAGGCAGCUCUUAAUGACAUUUGGAGUUUUGAUUUAGAUUCGAAAAAAUGGAAACUGGAAAACACAUCUCAAGUUAUUUUGCCAUGUUUUUCUCCUUCAAUGGAUGUGUGGGAUGAUUCCUUGCUUAUUUACGGAGGAAUCGCAGCACAUCUAGUUACUUUUAAGUCUCUUUACCUUUUAAAAGUCAAGGAAGAUGUUAUUGAUACUAAGGAAAUGAGAUUUAAAGUUGCGUUACCAACAAGAUAUUCACAUUCUACACACGUCAUAGAUGAUCAACUUUUCGUCAUUGGUGGAAUAGAUCCUAAUUGCACGUCACAACCACCAAUUCUCAUUAUCUCAUUAAAAGAGAAAACAUGGAGGGCUGUUGCUUUGCCUCAAUGUAAUCCAUCUCGACCUUUGAUGUUACACAACCACUGUAGUUUGAUGCGAAGCAAAGGUGAAAUUGUUGUUGUUGGAGGUGGUGGGAACUGUUUCUCGUUUGGAACACAUCUGAACCAAGACUUGGCUGUUCUGGACUUGUUUGCCUUCACAGAAUUAUGAUAAUAUAAAUAUAACAAAGACAUCUACAGUAACCACCGCUUAACUCCAAUACAGGAUAACUCGAACUUUUCUUAACUCGAACUUUCUUAACUCGAACUUUAAAUUUUUUUUAAGUCGAACCUUUUUUUAAUCCUUCUGAAGGUUCGAGUUAAGCGGCGGCAACUUAGAUAUUUUACAACCUUAAUUUUUAUGUUCUAUUUUGUGCUUUCGCCGAGACUAAAAUGAUAAAUUUUUGAGUUUUUGUUGUCUAAUCUGAUAAAUGUUUAACCUUUAACCGUAAUUAUGAAUAUAAUUAAUUUUUAUAAUUAUUUUUUUUUUUUUUACUUUCACUCAUAUUUAUCUUAUUAAUUAAUUUGUCUUUCUCAACAUGCGAGGUUGUAAAAAGUUCUGUACGUAAGAUUACAUUGUCAAAGCGUACUAAAAAUGUUUA